AUGCAAAUCUUUGUUAAAACACUUACCGGAAAAACCAUCACUUUAGAUGUCGAGUCAUCUGACACUAUUGAUAAUGUAAAACAAAAAAUCCAAGAUAAAGAAGGUAUCCCACCAGACCAGCAACGUCUUAUUUUCGCUGGUAAACAAUUAGAAGAUGGUAGAACCUUGUCCGACUACAAUAUCCAAAAAGAAUCAACACUUCAUCUUGUCCUUCGUCUUCGUGGUGGUAUGCAAAUCUUCGUCAAAACCCUUACCGGUAAAACCAUCACCUUGGAAGUAGAAUCAACCGACACCAUCGACAAUGUAAAACAAAAAAUCCAAGAUAAAGAAGGUAUCCCACCAGACCAGCAACGUUUGAUUUUCGCUGGUAAACAAUUGGAAGACGGUAGAACUUUGUCCGACUACAACAUCCAAAAAGAAUCAACACUUCAUCUUGUCCUUCGUCUUCGUGGUGGUAUGCAAAUCUUCGUCAAAACCUUGACCGGUAAAACUAUCACUUUGGAAGUCGAAUCAACCGAUACCAUUGACAAUGUUAAACAAAAAAUUCAAGAUAAAGAGGGUAUCCCACCAGAUCAGCAACGUCUCAUCUUCGCCGGUAAACAAUUGGAAGAUGGCAGAACUUUGUCUGACUAUAACAUUCAAAAGGAAUCAACUCUCCAUCUUGUACUUCGUCUUCGUGGUGGUAUGCAAAUUUUUGUCAAAACCUUGACCGGUAAAACAAUCACUUUAGAAGUCGAGUCAACUGAUACCAUCGAUAAUGUGAAACAAAAAAUUCAAGAUAAAGAAGGUAUCCCACCAGACCAGCAACGUUUGAUUUUCGCCGGUAAACAAUUGGAAGAUGGUAGAACCUUAUCAGACUAUAACAUCCAAAAGGAGUCAACUCUUCACCUUGUUCUCCGUCUUCGUGGUGGUCAAUGA